AACGCGAAUGCCGAGCAGGCGAGUCCGCGCGCGCGUUAUGAUCCUCUUACCUCUUUACCGUUUCUUCCUGCCAAGAACGACUACCGCGCCGUGAGAGAGACUCCACGGGCCGCGGAGGCCGCGUAUUCCGGUGAGGAUUUCGGCGCGAUCAGUUGCAUUUGCUAGCCGGUAGCCAUCUAACGCAUCCCUAGUCGAGAGAUAGCUCGACUUACACGCGCGCCAAGUUCUCUCCUCGUCGUGAUCCAUCAUCGAUAGCAUCGGUUGCUGUCAUCGUCGUCGUCGUCGUGAUCGUCGUUCGCCAGGAGGCCCGCUGCCCCUGCCCUUCCCCCACCGAGGACAUAUCCGAUAAUCGAUCCACCUGUUAACGGUCAAUGAAAGGAAGAAUAAUAUGGAAGACUCGGAAGACGUGAGGACGACAGUGGAGUUGUACAUUUACGAUCUUACCAAAGGGAUGGCUACAAUAAUGUCGCCGAUGCUCAUAGGUCGUCAGUUGGAUGGAAUAUGGCAUACGGCAAUAGUCACAUAUGGAAGGGAAUAUUUCUUCGGUCCUGCCGGCAUCAGUAGUGUCCGACCUGGCGGCACGGAAUUAGGGGAGCCCCAGAGAAUCGAAAAGCUCGGCGAGACCUAUCUGCCCUAUACGGUUUUCCUGGAGUACAUAAACGGCCUGGGCACUUCCACAUUCGCACCAGGUACGUACCAUCUCUUCAAGUACAACUGUAAUACCUUCACAGAGGAGCUCAGCAAUUUCCUGGUGGGCAAGGGCAUUCCCAAAUAUAUUCUUGAUCUACCAGAAGAAAUAUUACAAACACCUAUCGGGCAGGCUUUAAGUCCAUUGAUAGAAACAUUAAGUAGUAACGCGAGUGCUGGAUUCACAGUCGGUCAGAGAUUUGUCGAGGCGAGAAUCCAAAGGGAAGCUUCGCCAGAGUAUCAACUCCUGAACACAGCCAUUGAAGAAGCAAGGUUGAAUUCGAUCGCGUUAGAAGAACGGAGGAACGUCAUUAACGAGAAGCUAGCAAAGAAAGAUCGGAAAAAGAAAAAGAAGAAGAAGGAAAAGAAGGAAAAGGGCAGUAAAGAGACCACAGGCAGCGACAGCAACAGUACCGGUCCAAGCAAUUGUUGUGCAGAUAUGGCGGAACAUGAAAAUGCGGUCGGUGGGACGCAGCAGCAGACGGCUAAUGGAGAAAAUGCGGAGAUGCUACCGUCAGAGCGAGUAAUGCAGAUGGAGGAAGAUGAAAAGCGUGAGCAAGAAGAAAAAAAACGCUAUCGAGAUCCACCAAUAGUAUUCAAGGAUUUGGUGAACGUACAGGCAGAAUAUGAAGGUUUGAUAAGUGCCUUGGAGGGAAAGUUAAAUGAUGAAGAGCGAACAUGCAUGGACGAAUUGCGACAAUACGUUUUAGAGAAUGAGGGUUCCUGGGCUCUAGGUGACAACUUCCUGAAUUUCGUAGGUCGAGUUCUUUAUGAUAAAUCGUUGGACAGUAACGCGCGAAUAAAACUGUUAAACGUACUAUCAGUCGCCGCACUGAAGGACGAUGUUAUCCUGUUAUUGCAUCAAGAUAGGCGAGAACACAUCAUCAUGAAUUAUGCUUAUGAUAUCGACCGGCAUCCACAGGAGGAGCAACUUCCACUCGCGCAGUUUUUGGCGAACAUGUUUGAGAACCUCAGCAGUUCGGAAUGGUUACUUUAUAUAUCCGAAUGGCAGCAUCAGAAUCAAAGCAUUAGCAACAUAAGGGUAACAACCAAAGUUGCAGUGCACUCGUUGCUCUCAAAUUCCGAAGACCUACAGAUUCGCGGCGCCGCCAUCAUUCACAAUCUUGCCUGCAAGGAGAAAAUGAACAAAAGCAAAAAUCUGCGGCGACUUUUACCGAAAGGCAGCAUUUCUAAGGUGUUCGACGAUGUUGCCGUGGAACUAACGAUGGCGUUGCUACAAUACUUCAAUGGCAGUCCCGCGGAGGAACAGUUGUAUGCAUGCAUGAAAUCACUCGCGCGUUUCACGCAGAUCAGUGGUCAAGAGGUGCCGCAGCUUAUACAAAUGAUUGGACCUGAACCGAACAAAUUCAGGGGAACUUCUCAGAGGAUCGACGAGCAAAUCGAUCAAGUCAACAAGAAGCUGCGCUAAAUAUCCGUUGACUGUUCAUAAAAAUUAUUGUAUUCCAGGCGCGAAAUAAAAAUAGGAUGCGCUUGCGUUACGUUUAAAA